CAUUAAGGAUUUUUCGCCUAGGGCGCCUAUUUACCUUGCACCGGCCCUGACCAGUGUUGGGGCUCGGCGGAGCGGUUUGACCGCAGUCGGUGCUGUGCAGAUCCGGGCGAGCGAGACUCGCGCCGGUGCCGUGGCGGAGCGGUUGCAGGAGUGCCGCGGCCUGCUGGGCGCCAUGCUGGAGGACGUGCAGGGCCGUGGCGGCGCGGGCAGCCACCACUCCUCCGCCACCAGGUGUCGCGCUGAUCCGGAGACGUUGCCGAUUGGUCAAAUGGACUCCAGCAAUAAAGGACUUUUACGCAGCACUAGCAGAGCGGCCAGUCUGUAUCGAAACUUCAAGGAAAGGGAGGCGGAGCUUCAGCAGCAGCUGCUGUCUUGCCAGAACGAGCAAGUGAAGCUGAUUGGCCUGGUGGGGCUGCUGAUCAUCGAUGUGCAAGCACUGCAGCAGAAAGGCACCGUCGCGAGUUCCCCCGCUCCCAGCCAGGAGGCCCUGCACUCUGUCGUCUGGAGGCUGCUUCAAGACUUGGGGAAGACGGCAGCUGUGAACAACAGUCUGCAGCACAGCUUCCUCACGGCCAACUCCAGUCUCUCCAGGACAAUGGGCAGCACGUCGCCAAGCGACAAGAACCUAGACAAGUGCAGGCAGAAGGAGGCAGCUGGCGCCACCACAGAGCAGGUGGCAGCGCUGCGGCAGGAGAAGGAGUGGCUACUGUCGGAGAUGGCGAUGAUGAAGAAGCUGCAGGAGGACGCGGUGACAGAGGUGAGGCUGUGCGUGCCCGAGGCCUGGUGGUGGGACGACUUCUGGCAGGCGUGGUAGCAGCUUCGCGGCACCUGCCCCCAACGGCUACAUCUCCUGAUGAACGACUAUUUGGAAACACGGUCUGCAGAUGUAAAGUGUUUUGCAUUGUGAAGGUGUUGAGAGAGUGAUUUAUUAACAGAACUUGUCACGCAAAAAUAUUACAGUAAAACCUCAAUAACACAAAACCUGAAGGGACCAAAUUUUCCCACUUUGCAAUAACAAGGUUUGUAAAAAACCAUACUAAAACAAAAUUUAAUUGCAAUUUGAGUAUAAUUUCUAAAAUUAAUAAUAUUUUUCUAUUUUAGUACGUGCAUAACACACCUAAAAAAAAAAUAGCAUAUGCUCCAAGAAAACUUGCACAUAAUUUUAUACAACACAAUAAUAUGUAAUUUUUAUAUGGAGUGUAAAAUGCAAUUUCUAGAUGGCUACACCUGUAGCUUAAAAAAAUAUUUUUUGCUGUACUACAUUUAAUAGAUUUAAGACAGGAAUUAAGCAAAGUUUUAGAAAUUACCUACCUACAAAAAAUAUUAACGUAAUUUGCCCAACCUACACAGCACCAAAGCCAGUAUUAUUUUAGUUGAAACUUCAAAUUGUUUCUCUACAUUAUUGUGGGAUAUAUGUAUUAACUAGGGUUCUGCGAAUAUUCAAAAUUUCUGAAUUCGAGUUCAAAUUUUUUGAUAUUCGAUUCGACAAUUUGAAUCGAAUUCAUUUUACAAUAAUUUGACUUGCAAAAUCUGGCCCAGAUACACUAAUAUAAGACAUCCCCCCCGCCACCAAUGUUUUAAAGUAAUGUAAAUAGACUGUAGUGGGUAACUCUCCAGUAAUAAUUUAAUAACGCCCAACUACAAAGAAAAACUUUAUUUUCACCACCUGUUUCACAGCUACUUCCAAAAAAUCACCGUUACAAGCCUCCCUCUCCCUCCAAAGACAAAGUUCCAUAUCCUUCCGCGGUCAAUAUUUGCACUUACUUCAACCAAAUAUACACUUCAAAAUAAAAUAAGUUUAACAAAAAAAGAUACAAGAUUUUAAACCACAAAUACAUUUACUUUACCAUUAUUUAACAGCUUACAAUAACUUCUGGCAACCUAUAAAGAAAUAGUUCCGGCACAAUAUGGCGGCAGCAUACAGCGAUUUUGUCUCAAAUAAAGUGAAACGUCACUUGGCCAAUCACAGCUAACUAGGUCACACUACAACACUUUCAAACACCUGGCGCCAGCUGGACGGCCCCUCCUUACUCCUUCUUCCCAAAACCCGGCUUAAACUUAAAUUUAUAAAUCAUCUCUGCCAGAAAUCACCGACAGAAACAAAAGAGUUAUAGAAAACAUUUAAGGAAUGCAGAGACAAAUAUUUCCAUACAAAACAUAACACAAGAAUAAAUAUUUUUUUAUCUUCUCAAAACCCCACGCUAAAGAAUCAAUGUUAGGGUAGGUCAGUGCCUAACCUCCUUACAACCCCCCAAGUUAAAUGGAGUUUGAGUAAACAAAUUUAACUUUUGCCUGAGGUAUGUGCAAGCCGGCAACCAAUUCUCCCUUAGUUACUUCCUUCCAGCUUUUACACCACUUACCUCACAAAACAAGAUAGCCAUUUACAAGUGUUCAGUUUUACUUAAUUAUUUUCUCUAACACUGUUAAUAACAAGUCACAGAAUCCCAAUAGACAAAAUUACAGACUUGUAAUUAACAAACAAACAAGAAUAUACCCUUAGCACAAAUCUACUUGUACACAACCAUCAAUAAAAUAAACCCAUAUUGGCUCUUACCAACAACCCCCUCAUGAGAGUCCCAAAAUGUUUCAAGAGAUUUCCUGCUUAAAGCCAACAUGCUAUGCAGGUUAUCCCGUUACAUCACUAACCACUAGAGCUGGGCCGAUGCCGAUCCCCGAUCGUAAUAAUCGGCCGAUUUUGUUAAUUUUGCCGAUCAUAAUGAUCUGCAAAACGUAGCCGAUUAUUUGAGCCGAUCAUUGGUCUCCUACUGCAAACUUAUAACAUUGAAUAAUUACCUAUACCUAACAACUUUCCAUGUUUGUUUACGGUACUUUUCGGGAAGAAAAUUUGAUUAUUCAUCGAAAAAUAAUAGGAUUUAAUAAUUUAAAACUAACCACACACGAAAAAAAAAUACCAAUAAAGUAAACAAAUACCGUAAGUUUUAAAAACAUUGAACAGUUACAUACCUAAGUAUCAAUUUCCAUGUAUAUUUACGGUACUUUCGGUAAAAUAAUUUUCCAUUAUACUAUUUGCAAAGUCAUUUAUCAUUUACGAACCGAAAACUAUGUAUUUGUUUACCAUUUACGGUUAAUAUUACCGGAAUGGCGAAUGGCGACUGUUGUUUAGGUUGGUUAUGUGACGCCAGAGAUUAGAGUGACGCGCGUCGCGCGACGGAAUUCGUACGGAUUAAUGGCGCUAGUAGUUUUGUGGUUAGUAAACCACUACUCUUCAGGAAUUCAUCUAUUUAGUUUUUUCUCGCUAAAUAUGGCCUAUUGAAUGUUUUGUUUAGCGAAAUUAAUAUUCUUAUCCUGUUUAGCGGGAAAUAGAGCUUAACUUUCUUUUGUAUAAAAACCUGGUUGAUGAAGAGUUUUGUUUCCCACAGUAGAACCUCGUUAAUCCGUGACGCGCUAAUACGGGAAUCGGAUAAUCCGGGACGAUUUAAAAGUGCAGAAAAAAAAAAGAGAAGCUAAAAUUGUCAGCGCUUAAAAUUAACUUCACGCGGGCCGGCGGCCGGCAAACAAUGCAAGCCAUCGCGUGGGCCGCCAAAAUCUGCAACGCUGUUUGUACCGACCCUUUGUGUCGCCCCCCCCCCCCUCCCCCUUUCAACUGUCACAUUUGUCACUCUUUAAACUUGAGGGAGAUGUCCUGACUUCUGCUUCCGGUCUCCCGUUUGUUCGAAUGUUGUUUCACGUGCUGCUGAGUUACUUUCCGCCCGCCAACGCACGGCAGGCGCCUGGCGAGUGACGUGUCUGUCUGGCAUUCGGCUGGUCGAAGGGGUGGAGGGGGGUGGGGAGCUACCCAAAAUUUAUGUGUACAAGGUCAGCACGAUCUUAUCUUAUCUUUCUCUCUUCGGCUGCUGUAAAUGACAGUGAACUAAUAGCUAGGCAGUGCCGUAUUUUUUUUAAGCCGAGACAACAAUUCGAAGGCGGCCCUUACCGUUAACCGAUUAUCCGGGUUUAUUAUUAUUAUUUUUUUACAGAAUUUCAAUUAUCCGGGCAUCGGCGGGUCCCAAUGAACACGAAUAAUGGGGAGUUUACUAUUUUUAUCCAUCUGCUGCCAAGGCGCAGUAAGCCUCGGGAGAUGUUACGUCACAUGACCUUGGCCUUAACCCAGCUGCACGCUGGUGUCUGAGAAGCUUGACAAGACCUUCCGGGCUUACCUGUAUAAUCGCUAGUCCGUGAAAUUUAUGUCGUGAUUUUUAACUAAUCAUGUCAAUGAAAAGUAGUUUUGUCUGGGAAUAUUUCACCGUUUAUAGUGAUCCGUCAAAAGCAACGUGUAAUCAGAGGUACUUGAAAGGCUCUAAUCGGCUCAGAAGAUCGGCAAGAUCGGCAGCAGAUGAUCGGCAUCGGCAUGAUCGGCAAAAUAGGUGAUCGGCCCAGCUCUACUAACCACACGACAAACAUCAAAUCAAACAAUAUAACAAGAAACAACUCUCGAAACUCCAAUCAGCUUGAAAAUGGCGCCACAUGAUUGCAUUUAUGUUUCACUGAUGUACGGCUUUAACAAAUAUUGGUUGAAGCUACCUCGAACACCCCCGCCACCAGUCAAGUGUCCAAUCUCCCAGACAUUUUUUCCUACUUCCCUAGUGAUCCUGAACGGCCCUUCAUAUAGCAGUCCCAGUUUUUUCAUCUCUUUUAACAUAAAAUCACUUCUCCCACAAACUCUCAGCAGUACCAAAUCCCCUACCUUGAAGUUACUGCUUAUAACUCUCUGUUUUAUUCCUCUCCUCAAUGCUGCAUGCUUAAGUUUCAGUUUAACUUCCUCAAUCCUGUCACUAGUCUGACCCUCCUCCCCACUAGGAAACUUAAAUUUUAGGGCUAGACUGUCCCUCUGAAUUUUGCCACUGGUAAGUUCCUGCGGUGAAAAACCUGUACUGUUGUGAAUGUGUUCAUUAAAAAACCUAUUUAAUAGUGGUACAGCUUCAGCCCACUUGCUGUGUUGCUCAUGGCAAUAGGUGCGUAGCAAUCUCCCUUGAUACAGAUUCGCUCGGUCUAUCCCUUGCACCCUUUUCCCCCAGUAUUCACUUGUAAAUUCUUUUUCGAAUUCUUUGAACGUGGUAAUGCGGUUUUCACUUAGCCUCAACCAAUUCUCACCUGUCCCCACAAUGGAUCUCUUUGCCACAAAAAGUUUUUCAUCUUCCGAGCACCCAUAAACUGCGAAAAAUUUGUGUAGUUUGCCAAGAUGCUUCUUUGGGUGUACCCUAUCCUGCCCCGAAAAUUUAGGGAUGUCUCGGUCCUGAUAUGGCUGUGUGAGACGCCUAUUUCGACACAUACCGUUUCCACUACACCCCCCAGCACUAAGUUCUCCCUCUAUCGUGGCUAACUUUUGACUGAGGUUCCCUAUCUUGGUUUCGUUCCCGUCUAUCUUUCGCCCCCACUGGUUCAUCUCAUUGUGAGUUUGUGCCAUGGCUUCCUCCUGCAACCUACUUUCGCUUGAUAGUUUUGCUUUAGCCGUCUCUAGCUCUUGAUUAACAAGCAAAACUUCCCCUCGGCUGCUGGCCAUCAUUCCCUCUAGGGAUGUCAGCUGAUGUUCUAUGUUUUUGACAUCAAGUUGGUGAGUGUUUACUUCCUCCUCCACUUUGGCUAUUUGCUCCCUAAUGGCCACCUGUUCCUGGACUAGGCUGGAAACUUGGUUUUCCGCUUCUGCUAAACGACCAGCAUACCGCUCUUCCAAAACCUCCUGCCUCGAGCGAAACUCUGCAAAAUCCCCCCUGAUCUCUGCUUUGAAAUUUUCCAACUUUUGAUGGUGUACCGCAAACAUUUCUUUAAUUAGUGACGCUAGAUCCUGGUUACUCUCCCCUGCUGGCGGAGGUGUUGUGGAUAUGUCCCCGACAGAUUGUUCCUCCCCUUGCUCUACUAUUUCCCCUUGCUGAUCUAGCACCCCAACACUUACUAGUGGUAGGUCCUCCAAACUAGCGCCUGUUGCGCUACUGGCUAGUGCCCCAGUUGAUCGAGUAUUUACUGGCGCCAUGUUCAAAGACAAAGAUAUUAUUUACUCAUACACCAGUUACUCUAAAUAUACAAAACAAAAAACAAACAUUUUCCCUUCCACUAAACCACACAGGAUCUCGAACGUGUACAGCUAAUCAAUGAUCAAAGAGUACAGUUCCAACUUACACCACUGCACCUUAUCCUGUUUUGCACGUUUUUAUGCUUUUUUUUUUUACAAAGACCCUACAUAACAAAAGUGCACAACUACUUCACAAAGAAAAAUAUAACACCGUCAAUAGGCUAUUAACACAAACCGACGAGUCGAAAUACUUUGCUGAUACUGUGUAUGUAGGGGAGUGUGACGGUGUAUCUCCGACCUUAAUUGAUGGGUUCCCUGGUGACCGCUGCGAAUGCCGCCAUGUCGUCCACGGAGUGUCCUAAGCCGUUGUCCUCUGCGAGCUGUCCCACGCUGUCGCCUAUGCCGCUGUAGACACGUGGUCGCCUCGGUCGCUGUAGACACGUGGUCGUCUCUGCCGCUGUAGACACUUGGGCUUCACACGUAGAAUCACACUUCCUCCCGUGAUUACACCGCGAGUGACUAUUUACGCCGCAUUCGUUAUUCUGCACUUUGCAGACCUCCAGUCACGCUCCCUAGGUGAUUACACCGCCCUUUGUUUCCGCUGCAUUUGCCACGCCGACGCCGACCUUUUCACAAACAACUCCUUUUGUCCCCUUUUUUUUUUCACUCAACACUGUCUAUUGUUUACCCGAGUACUCAACUUCGUCGGGUCCCUGUUCGGGCGCCAAAAUAUGUAGUGGGUAACUCUCCAGUAAUAAUUUAAUAACGCCCAACUACAAAGAAAAACUUUAUUUUCACCACCUGUUUCACAGCUACUUCCAAAAAAUCACCGUUACAAGCCUCCCUCUCCCUCCAAAGACAAAGUUCCACAUCCUUCCGCGGUCAAUAUCUGCACUUACUUCAACCAAAUAUACACUUCAAAAUAAAAUAAGUUUAACAAAAAAA